GGGGUCGUAUCUGGGAGUCGCAAAGUUUCUGUCUGGAGCGGUAGUGGAAAGCGAGCUUCUGGCGAAGGGAUUUUCUUGGGGUGUGAGCUUAUUUCUCGCCUCUGGUUUGGAUGAACAUCCCUGCUUAACCCCUGCACCCUCCGAUCCGAGCCCUGGACUGUUUGUGUCUCCGGGAUCCCUAGAUCUCCGAGGACCCCAGCCAGGGGAGCGGACGUGUCCCUGCCCAGUACACAAGCCCCACGCUCACGCACACGCACGCACACGCGCGAGGAGAUCUCGCCGAUCCCCUCAGACCUCUGCAUCCUCGGCCCGGCCGGCUCCGAGCUCCAUGGAGGUGCUGGAGAGCGGCGAGCCCGGCGUCCUGCAGUGGGACCGCAAGCUGAGUGAGCUGUCAGAGCCGGGCGACGGCGAGGCCCUGCUGUACCACACGCACUUCUCAGAACUUCUGGAUGAAUUUUCCCAGAAUGUCCUGGGCCAGCUCCUGAAUGACCCUUUCCUCUCAGAGAAGAGUGUGUCCAUGGAUGUGGAGCCAUCCCCAACAUCCCCGGCACCUCUUAUCCAGGCUGAGCAUAGCUACUCCCUCUGUGAGGAGCCCCCGGCUCAGUCCCCAUUCACCCACGUGGCCACCAGCGACAGCUUCAAUGACGAGGAGGCAGAAAGUGAGAAAUGGUACUUGUCUACUGACUUUCCUCCAACAACCAUCAAGACAGAGCCGAUUACAGAGGAGCCACCCCCGGGACUUGUUCCCUCUGUCACCCUGACCAUCACUACAGUUUCUACCCCUUUUGAGAAGGAGGAGCCCCCUCUGGAAGCAAAUACUGGGGUCGACUCCUCAUGCCAGACGAUUAUUCCGAAGAUUAAGCUGGAGCCUCACGAAGUGGAUCAGUUCCUGAACUUCUCUUCUAAAGAAGCCUCCGGAGACCACCUGCACUUACCGCCCACCCCUCCCAGCAGCCACAGCAGUGACUCCGAGGGCAGCCUGAGCCCCAACCCGCGCCUGCACCCCUUUGGCCUGCCUCAGGCCCACAGUCCUGCCAGAGCUGUGCCCCGGGGCCCCUCUGCCCUGUCCAGCUCUCCUCUCCUUACAGCUCCACAUAAACUACAGGGAUCAGGCCCGCUGGUCCUGACAGAGGAGGAGAAGAGGACCUUGAUUGCUGAGGGCUAUCCCAUCCCCACCAAGUUGCCCCUAACAAAAUCAGAGGAGAAGGCCCUGAAGAAAAUCCGGAGGAAAAUCAAGAACAAGAUUUCUGCACAGGAAAGUAGGAGAAAGAAGAAAGAGUACAUGGACAGCUUGGAGAAAAAAGUGGAGUCUUGUUCAACUGAGAAUUUGGAGCUUCGGAAGAAGGUGGAGGUGCUGGAGAACACCAAUAGGACUCUCCUUCAGCAACUCCAGAAACUUCAGACUUUGGUGAUGGGCAAGGUUUCUCGGACCUGCAAGUUGGCCGGCACGCAGACUGGCACCUGCCUCAUGGUUGUUGUGCUGUGCUUCGCAGUUGCAUUUGGCAGCUUAUUUCAGGGCUCUGGGCCCUAUCCUUCUGCCACCAAGAUGGCUCUGCCCAGCCAGAGUUCCUUGCCGGAGCCAUACACAGCCUCCAUCGUGAGAUCCAGGAACCUGCUGAUCUAUGAGGAACAUUCUCCCCUGGAGGAACCAUCCAGCCCAGCCUCCACCGGGGAGCUUGGGGGCUGGGAGCGAGGCCCCUCCUUGCUCCGAGCAUCAGGGCUGGAGUCCUUGUCUGAUGUGGAUCUUCCCCAUUUCAUUAUCUCCAAUGAGACCAGCCUGGAGAAGUCAGUGCUGCUGGAGCUGCAGCAGCACCUGGUCAGCACCAAACUGGAGGGGAACGAAACACUCAAAGUUGUAGAGCUCGACAGAAGAGUGAACACCACCUUCUAGGAGGCGUCUCCAGCCCUCUCCUCUUACCUCUACUUUGUAUCCCCCCGACCACCUCCAUCAUCAGCUUUGCCUCUUUGCCACUGAAUCCGGACGAAGACCUGAACAAGCACUCGUGGCCGAGCAGGAGGCACUGGUGGUUUCCACCUGCGUGUGCCUGCCACUCUCCCCCUCUUUCUGUCAUAGGAAGUUCUUUCAGGAGUAGACUGGGGUGGGACAAGGAAGCUUGGUUUCACCUGUAGUGCCAAAAAGAUACUGCCUGACUCUACCCUGCAAGGUGUGACCCUCCUUGAAAAGAGGUGAUUCUUAUUCGACUGAGACCUGGACUCUAGCCACAAAAUGCCACGGUGCCUGUUGGGAUUUGGCAAAGCACUGACUCUUGUCUACCCGCUCUGGCUGGGUCUCCCAUGUGAACGCCCCAUAGCCUUGGGAGCGCCCAGGCACCAUAGCAGCCCCCUCCCUCUGCUCUGCCCUCUGGAGCCUGGGCUGGCCUAUCUCCACCCUGGCGUGGGUGAAUGAGGGCUCCCCUUUGUAUUCUCAGGCCGCAAGUGCAAUGCCUAAAAGCAUCAGGCUGUUCUCCUCCAGGCGAACCUGCCCAUCUUCGUGCUUGUAGGACUUCUCCCCACCAUCGGCCCGCAGACAAAUAGUCCUCCCUUCCUGCCUCUCCUCCCGUUUGUAAAUAGUAUUUAUUAGCUUGCUGAGGCUUCCCACUGGUGACCACACCAGGACAGUCCAUGCCUCCCUCCACACUAGCGAAAUCUUCUGUCACCUUUGGAACUAAGAAACCCCUGUAGGCACUGGAAUUCCCAAUAUUUCCAGAUAAUUUUUUUGUUUCCUUCCUUGCUUGAUUUUUUUUAAUUGGAGGGCUAUGUGAUAAUUAUGAUUGAGAAUCCGCUUUAGCAGUUGUCCCUUGUGUGGACGCAGAGGGAAUGACGGGCCCGUGCAGUGCUCAGGCCCGUGGCUCUGGCCGAUGCUUUUUCUCUCUGGUUCCCAUAACAGAGAAGGGAAGCCUGUCCCCAACAACAGGCAUUUCUUCUCACUUGUCCUGCACACCUGUCCGGCUCCGACACUCCCCUGCUGUCUACUUCCAUUCUGCCUCCCUCUGCUAGAGGGUUGGAACAGGGCAAUUCGUACAUCCGUGUUCUUACCUUUUAUGGUCAGGUUAGGCUACUCUGCAGCUCACCCAAAGUGAUAUAACCUAACCCCCACUCUACUUUUAUUUUUUUUUUAAUGAUGAAAAAAGUCACCUUUGUAGUUUAAAACCUUUUUCCUCUUUCAUACAAAUAAGAUAUGGAAAUUGCCUUUUUAUUGCAAAAGGUAGAAGAUUCUUUGUGUUUUAUUUUUCUUAGUUUAUAAAAGAUUUUGUGCAAGAAAUGUGCUUACAUUUGAUAUUUUAUUUUUUAGUAGCAGCUGAAGGGGCUUUAGCUCCCCCCCACCCCAUCUCAUCAUCGUCAUCUGCAUCAUCAUGGGAGCCUGUACUUAAGAGGGAUUAUGCUGUCCAUCCCCUAUCAGAUACAGGAUUUGGUGGCAUUAACCUUUGCUGUCGUACCCUGUAAGCGGCUCCCUGCUUUGUCUGUGGUGGGAAAUGGCUUUGUCCAUCUUGUAGCUUAUGAGAGCUGUAUCAGGACCGCAGUGGUCUUGCAGCCUGUACCUGUCCCUCCCAGAGGCCAGGGCAGGCUCGGACAUCGGGGCUGUGGGAGGAGGCGGGUGGCUGGGGACCUCUGCGUCCACUUCUUUCUGCUCCACUGUCUCAGGCUUUUGAUCCUGCUGGCCCUGGCCGUUGCCUGGUAACCAUGGGCCACAGCUGACCCAACCCCUUUCUUCAAAGUUUGGUUGCUUGUCGCUGAGGAAGACUGUGCAUCCCCAAGAAGACAAAAAUCCAGAAUUAUCUCACAUAAUGUUUAGGUGAGAAGAAAACAAGGCUUUCAUGUUUAAGGCCAGAAGUGAGAUCAUAGACAGCCUAUCUAUCUGUUUCGCCUGGAGAUAUCGUGGGGGAAAACCCACUUUUCUGAAUGAGGAGGGAGACGAACAAGGAAGCAUCUCAUCCUGGUCCUUAGUGCAUUGAGGAUUUUAUUUUGUUCCUAUUACCCUUGCUUCACACAGCUCUCUCCAGAUGUCCAGAUAGUAGGGCUUGUUUUCCUGGGAAACUGCUCUUCCAGAACAUAAUGUAUAACUGGAGACGGGACAUUAGCCAGAGGGCUGAAGACCCCUGUCCUCCAUUCCUGGCUUGGAGGAAUAAAGGGAACUAAACGGUGGUCCCUUCAGGACAAACUGGGGUCAACAGGGCACAGAGAGUUGGAUAACACCAGAUUGGUCCCAGAUAAUUAGUAGUUGUGUGCACAGUUUCUGUGCAAAGGUUAAGUCCAGCAUAUCCAUGGAUUUGUUUUCCCCUUGGGGUGAGCAGUCUGAAGGACCAGUCAGUAAUUCAUGGUUAGCACUGAAGUUUUCAAACUGUAGCAGAUAUUGGUGCCUGAACUUAAAGUUUUGAAAAAUACAAGACUAUUAAAGGAACCAGAUGCCAUAAAAAAGAAAUCUGCUCAUUCUACUUUCCAUUAUGUAAACAGGGCAUCCCUCUUCCCUUUCUUUGGUUACCCUAGUAAAGGAGAGGGCUCACAAAGAUUCAGAGAACAAGUAAUUUUUCACUGGCUGAGACCUGAGGAAGCUCCUGGCCCCCAGAAUGGUUCCUUUCACAGCUCCCAAAUUUGCACUUGGAGACAGAUACUGGAAAAAAAUGUUCUAUAAAAAUCUGACAGCUGAACUAAGUUGCUCCUUUUUGGCAGGAGAUGGGGAGUGAACUUGACAUUGGGGUAGGCAAAAUUAGAUAACCUUUUCAUGAAUACAAAUGAUUUUGAUUUAGAGACCUUAUUUGGGAAAGCAGUGUUCAGUUCAACUUAUUUACAAACCAGCUAUACACACCAGAUCCCUUUUCCUUAUUAAUCUCUCCAUGAGGCUUGGAUGCCAUGAGGUGGCUGUGAAUCUUACAUACCUGUAGAAUAGGAGUCUUGAACUGAUUCUUCUUUAUUCUGAUACUGAGACGGUGCCCAGGAUUUUUGUCACAGGUUUGUAUUUAAAAUGCUUUCUCCUCGUUUCAUGGGCCCUCCCUCCUAUGUCCUCAGACCAGGCAGAAACAUAGGCAGAAUCAGAGGCCACCCUGGGCCAGUACCCCCUGAAAACAUGUGGCAUCUGAGGUGUGAAUGUGAAUGCGGUCCAGAAACAGACACAUCCCAUCGCACUGCCAGGGGAGAAGUACACUGUCCCUGCUGGCCACGUUGCCCUGAGGGCAUGGAGGUGGCAGGGAAAGCACUUAGCCACUGCCUUGUGUGCCACCGGUCACCUGUUUGUUUCUGUUGAGUCCAGUCUGGGAGGAACCUGGACUAGAGACUCAGACCUCUGCCUGCAGCCUGGCAGAACUGCAGAGCCCUUAGCAAGCAGUGCCCUGGUGAGGCCCACUGUAUUUGACCACUUUCUGCUGAGACAGUGGGCAGAUGUGAUAGGAUGAGUCCUCUCCAAAGGCAGGAGUGAGAGAGGGAAGGCAGUGAAGUGGGGCUGGAAGGAGCCUGAGGAAGAUGUCAGAUCAUUCAUUCGUUUAGUUACUCUGGUAUGUUUCAGAUUUACUAAGGAAGAGUGUUCCCCUUCCCCUAAGCCCUAGGAAUACUGAAGAAUCGAAGGGACCGAGAAUACUUCAUUUAAUCAAAAACAAUUCCAAAGAUCUAUGUGCUACUUCUGUGUCUCUUCCUCUGUUUCUCUGUCUCUCUGACACACAUAGGCAUUCCCUCUUAUCUUACAUACUUUGUGCCUCAAGUGUGCCUUAUAGAAGAAUCCAGGAUGACUGAGGAGCCUCUUGUCCCUGGGAGAUGUUCUGUAUAGCCUUAGAGUGUUAGUUGAAGUGAAUGUAGGGGAAAGAACUUUUUGGUUUCCUAAAAGUGAGCCACUAUGAGCUUUGCACAACAGGAGAAAAGAAAUUGCAUUAUAUCCAUUAGGAAAGUCCCAUUUUGUAGAGGUGCAAUCACAUAAACAUUGGACAGCCAGGAUUAAAGGUAUUGUAAAUCCCCACAGAAGAGUAUUUUCACAGUGCAAAGGAACCUGGCCUGGAAGAUUAGUGCUUCGGGCCUCUGGGGCCAAAGGGGGAGCGCUUACCGCAGGGGACAGAAACUUGGUGUCUUCUUAUUAUAGGCAACAUAAAAUUCUAGAGUGCUUUGUUUUGUCUUGGUGUCUAGAAGGAAGGGACUCAUUGUGCUCAAUGAGUUGGAAGUCAUUUAAUGGUAUAGACACAGAGAGCAAGCGUGGCCAGUUACCAUGAGGAGGAUGAAUUACUAAGUGACUCAAGAUUGCAAAAGUUUGUGACACGGACUGGGCAGACCCCUUUCUGAGGACAUCUGUUAACUUUCCCAGCUCUUUCAGCAGGAAGCACAGCUCCUACCCACUGUGCUGGCCCCGCUGUGAAGCCUCAGUUCCUGCCUCUGCCGGAGUGUUCCCCGUCUCCUAUCUUUUUCAUCCCGUCUUCUGUGAGCUUCAGCUCGCAGGCUUUCCCCUGGGAAAAGGGACCCCAGGGUUUUCAGCUCUAUUUCUCUGCCCUCAUCCUUUGCUCACCAACUGGGUGAAAACAUGAACUCUGUGCACCCAUGGCCUUCACUGCUUAGAAAAUCUCCCUCUCAGAUAAAAGCGCCAUGUGAGUCUAUGGAAAACACAAGCACUCUCUGACACACUGUGAGUGAUCCUUUAUACACGGUGUGAACAGACCCUGGACUGUAAUCAUCAAUGGGCUUUAAUGUUUGUACUUACAGCCUGGUUUUCCUCUCUUGUAACAGGUUAUAUGGAUCAGCAGUGCUUAAAUCUAAGUACAUUGUGAGUCUAUCAUCUGUUCUAUUGUGCUGUUUUUUUUAUGGCCUUUUGGUCUUUUAUCCUAGCUAGAUAAGUAACCCCCCCCCCAAAUGCUUUGUAGAACACUUGUACUUAGUUUGAAAACAAUAAAUCAAAAUUGUAAUGCAUUUGUAUUUCCAUUUCCUGCAAAUAAAUAUUUUUCUUAAAUAGUAAAA